AUGGCGGAGCGCGGUCAGCUCCCUCCCCCCGCUAAGCGCCUCUGCUGCAGACCUGGCUACGGCUCGGGGUGCAGGCCGGGCCAGCGGGCGGGCGGCGGCGGACCCGGCAGCGGGGUGCUCUGUGCCGGACCCUCCUCCGCGGCCGCCGCCGCUGCCGCCCUGGGGCUGCUGCCGCUCGGCAAGACUCAGAGCCCCGAGUCCCUGCUGGACAUCGCGGCUCGCAAGGUGGCGGAGAAGUGGCCCUUCCAGCGGGUGGAGGAGCGGUUCGAGCGGAUUCCGGAGCCGGUGCAGCGCAGGAUCGUGUACUGGUCUUUCCCCCGCAGCGAGAGGGAGAUCUGCAUGUACUCCUCCUUCAACACCGGCGCCGAGGACCCCGCCGCCCCCGGGGGGGCCGCUGCCAGCACCGCGCCCGGCGGGGCCGCGGACGCCGCCGCCGACGAGACCCGCCUGCCCUUCCGUAGGGGCAUCGCUCUGCUCGACGGCGGCUGCGUCGAUAACGUCCUGCAAGUCGGUUUCCACUUGAGCGGCACGGUGACAGAUCCUGCAAUGCAAUCGGAGCCAGAAACUGUUUGCAAGGUAGCUAUCAGCUUUGAUCGUUGCAAGAUUACCUCAGUGACCUGUAGCUGUGGAAACAAGGACAUAUUUUACUGUGCCCACGUUGUCGCACUCUCUUUAUACCGGAUCCGCAAGCCAGAUCAGGUCAAACUGCAUCUUCCCAUUUCAGAGACACUCUUUCAAAUGAACAGAGACCAACUACAAAAGUUUGUACAGUAUUUGAUCACAAUGCACCACACAGAAGUUUUGCCAACAGCUCAGAAAUUAGCAGAUGAAAUUCUUUCUCAGAAUUCAGAAAUCAAUCAAGUCCAUGGUGCUCCUGACCCAACAGCAGGUGCUAGCAUAGACGAUGAAAACUGUUGGCACUUGGAUGAAGAACAAGUCCAGGAGCAAGUUAAACUCUUCCUCUCCCAGGGUGGAUACCAUGGAUCAGGGAAGCAGCUCAAUUUGCUUUUUGCGAAGGUGCGAGAGAUGUUAAAGAUGAGAGACUCUAAUGGAGCUCGCAUGUUGACAUUGAUAACAGAACAGUUCAUGGCUGACCCUCGUCUGUCGCUUUGGAGGCAACAAGGCACUGCAAUGACUGACAAGUAUAGGCAACUCUGGGAUGAACUGGGUGCUCUUUGGAUGUGUAUAGUCUUAAAUCCCCACUGCAAGUUGGAGCAGAAGGCCAGUUGGCUAAAACAGCUGAAAAAAUGGAACAGUGUGGAUGUUUGUCCCUGGGAAGAUGGAAACCAUGGAAACGAGCUGCCCAAUUUAACCAAUGCUUUGCCUCAGGGUGCAAAUGCUAACCAAGAUUCAUCAAACAGACCGCAUCGGACGGUGUUCACUCGAGCUAUCGAGGCAUGCGAUCUCCACUGGCAGGACAGCCACUUACAGCACAUUAUCAGCAGUGACUUAUACACCAACUACUGUUACCAUGACGACACUGAAAACUCGCUCUUUGACUCUCACGGGUGGCCCCUCUGGCAUGAACAUGUUCCUACAGCCUGUGCAAGGGUUGAUGCAUUACGAUCUCAUGGAUACCCAAGAGAAGCACUGAGACUAGCAAUAGCUAUUGUUAACACACUAAGAAGACAGCAGCAGAAACAGCUGGACAUGUUCCGGGCUCAGAAGAAAGAACUUCUCCACAAAGGAGUAACCUCAAUAACUAAUCUUGAAGGCUGGGUGGGGCACCCAUUGGAUCCAGUUGGCACCCUCUUCAGUAGCCUUAUGGAAGCCUGCAGGGUGGAUGAUGAAAGCUUCCAUGGCUUCUCAGACUUCACAGAGAACAUGGGGCAGUGCAAAUCUCUGGAGUACCAGCACCUGCCUUCACACAAAUUCUUAGAAGAAGGGGAAUCUUACUUAACGCUGGCUGUGGAAGUAGCAUUGAUAGGUCUGGGGCAGCAGCGAAUAAUGCCAGAUGGCUUGUAUGCACAAGAGAAGGUUUGUCGAAAUGAGGAGCAGCUCAUUUCUAAGCUACAGGAAAUUGAAUUGGAUGAUACACUGGUGAAGAUCUUUCGAAAGCAAGCAGUCUUCCUAUUAGAAGCUGGACCAUAUAGUGGUUUAGGCGAAAUCAUCCAUCGAGAGAGUGUUCCAAUGCACACAUUUGCCAAGUAUCUCUUCACCUCUCUCCUACCUCAUGAUGCUGAAUUGGCAUACAAAACUGCACUGAGAGCCAUGCGGUUGCUAGUAUUGGAAUCUACAGCUCCAUCAGGAGAUAUGUCCCGCCCACACCACAUUGCAUCAGUUGUUCCAAACCGCUAUCCCCGUUGGUUCACGCUAAGUCACAUUGAGUCCCAGCAGUGUGAGUUGGCAUCAACUAUGCUAACAGCAGCCAAAGGUGAUGUUCGGAGGCUGGAAACAGUGUUAGAAUCCAUCCAGAAAAAUAUUCACUCCUCAUCACACAUCUUCAAGCUUGCCCAGGAUGCAUUUAAAAUAGCAACACUCAUGGACAGUUUGCCAGACAUCACUCUUUUGAAAGUUUCUUUGGAGUUAGGCCUUCAGGUGAUGCGGAUGACAUUGUCAACAUUGAAUUGGCGGCGGCGGGAGAUGGUGAGGUGGUUGGUAACCUGUGCAACAGAAGUAGGUGUUUAUGCACUGGAUAGCAUCAUGCAGAACUGGUUUACACUUUUCACUCCAACCGAGGCCACUAGUAUUGUUGCUACAACAGUGAUGUCCAACAGCACCAUUGUCCGUCUGCAUCUGGACUGCCAUCAGCAGGAGAAACUGGCCAGCAGUGCUAGGACGCUUGCUCUACAGUGUGCCAUGAAGGAUCCUCAAAACUGUGCCCUCUCUGCACUGACCUUAUGUGAAAAGGAUCACAUAGCUUUUGAGACCGCUUACCAAAUUGUUCUAGAUGCUGCUACAAAAGGCAUGAGCUAUACGCAGCUUUUUACUAUAGCACGCUAUAUGGAACAUCGUGGUUACCCUAUGCGGGCCUACAAGCUGGCCACUUUGGCCAUGAACCAUCUCAACCUGAGUUACAAUCAGGACACACACCCUGCCAUUAAUGACGUUUUGUGGGCAUGUGCGCUCAGCCACUCCCUUGGGAAAAAUGAGCUUGCAGCUAUAAUACCUCUGGUGGUCAAAAGUGUCAAAUGUGCAACAGUACUGUCAGACAUUUUGCGUAGGUGUACUUUGACCACUCCUGGGAUGGUGGGACUUCAUGGAAGGAGGAACUCUGGUAAGCUCAUGUCACUGGACAAAGCCCCUUUAAGGCAACUCCUGGAUGCCACGAUUGGAGCCUACAUUAAUACAACACAUUCACGACUCACACACAUCAGCCCUCGACACUAUAGUGAGUUUAUAGAGUUCCUUAGUAAGGCCCGAGAGACUUUCUUAAUGGCUCAUGAUGGACACAUUCAGUUUACACAGUUUAUCGACAACCUAAAACAAAUCUACAAAGGCAAAAAGAAACUGAUGAUGUUGGUUCGUGAACGGUUUGGUUGA